AUGACGAAAGAUUAUUACGAGCUCAAUCCUGACGGAGACGUCAUCCUCAUUUUUACCACUGCUGAUCCAGACACUGCGAAUCAAGCUUCGGGUUCCAACGCUGCCCUGCACGAGUCCACCAAAGCGGCUCAGGGCACUUGUGAUUCGGUUGAAAGGUCCUCGACCUCGCGUGCCCGUACAAGGGCGCAGAAAUCUAAGCGCCAGGUUACCAGUGAGAAGACCGACACCCCAAAGGAUGGGAAGGUGGUAAGAAUAAAGGUCUCGUCAAAACACCUUUCUCUGGCCUCGCCGGUGUUCGAGAAGAUGUUCCAUGGGCUAUGGAAAGAAACUCAGGGUCUUCGUGGCGGGCCCAUAGAUAUGGAGAUGGACUGGCAGAACAUGGACGCCAUGCUGAUAUUGAUGAAUGCUAUUCACGGAAAUGGCCCGGAUGUUCCUCGCGAGGUGGGCAUUGAAAUGUUAAAGGAAAUUUCUAUUCUCGUGGACUAUUACGAUUGCCACAAGGCUAUCCACCUGGCCUUAGACCUGUGGAUUCGGCCUUUACUGGCGCAAAUGGCAAAAGAAUUUUGUGAUGAGAUUCUUUCGUGGAUUUGGAUCUCUUGGGUUUUCCGACUCAAUGACCCAUUUCGAUCUGCAACACGCUGCGUCGUUGCGCAGAGCAAGGGGCCAAUAUCCAGCCUCGGUCUGCCCAUUUACCAUCGCAUUGUAGAUGCAAUCGAAAAGAGACGUGACCACUGCAUGAAGGGGACAUUAGAGGCUCUUCGUCGUCUGCUGACUGAUCUGCGAGAUGGUAGAAACUCAUGCUCCUUUGAGUGCGACUCCUUCCGUCUUGGUGCUCUCUCCAAGCAACUACACGCCCACGACUUCCUAGGGCAUAUAGUUGAAUGCACUAUCCCUAGUGUCAGUCUGGACGAACUAUAUCACUUUCUUGUCAACAUCAAGAGCCCAGCCUGGUGCGACAUUGCAUCAAACUUUGACAGUCAACGUCACCAUCAGCAUCAGCACUCGGAGCAUCCUUGCACUUUGCAGUCUAUGAUAAAGCCUAUUCUGAACAACAUGACCUACCAUAUGAGAGGGUGCGAACUUGAAGACUUCAAGGAGGUACCGUAA